CCCCCACCACAAACCCCAACAUAGUAGCAGAAAACAGUAGAAAAAAGAACCCUUCCCCGUCUCUAACGGUGCUCCUUUUUCCUGUCAGCUCACAUUCUCAGUACUCUCUGAAAAAAAAAAUUAGCAUAAGACACAGAAAGAUAGAUUUUUUUUUAAUUAUUUUUUUUUUCAAUUUUUGGAGUUUUUACACAUACCUAUGUACUAUAUGAAGUAUUUUGUAGGAUGGGUAGUGUGAAAAGAGGGAACUUUUCAAAGUUUUGUGUACAAAUUUUUUGAGUUAUUGAAGAGAGUAAAGUUUGUGUCUUGGUAAAAAAAAAAAAGGAAACAAGAAAAGAAAAAUAUAUAAGGAAACAAACAGCUUCAUUGUCAUCUCAAUAACACACUGAACCCUUUUUAGUUAUUCUUGAAAAAGGUUCAAGAAGAUAUUGGUUGUGGAUGCCACUUAGGUUUCUAUUUUAUUGGUAUUAAGAUUGGUUUAAAAGAAUGCUCUUUUGUGUUGAUUGAAGUGAAAAAGAUUGAAUCUUUGGACAUUUUGUGGUGAUUGAAGUGAAAAAAGAUUGAAUCUUUGGACACCAUCAUUGAUAACUUUUCUUCAAAGGUUUAUCUGUUUUCCUGGAAUGUAUGAAUUUUUCUUGUGAAUGGGAGUGAGUAGCUUUAAAAUAUGGAUCUCCGGGAAGAAAGCUCCAGAUUUGGCUCAUUACCAAGCACGACAUCAAGAAACCUUUCUUCUUCAUCUUCAGCUUUCUUUUCUGCAAAUCAGUCGCCAUUCUUCUCUCCUAGAUCACCCAAGUCCCUGGUAUCAGCAUGCUCGGAUAAUCAAUUUCGUGAUAGUGAUGUUACCUCUGCUGCCUUAGAUGCUAGUUUGGGCAUUCUAGGUCCAGAAUCAUUUGCAAAUGCUAGAUUGUCAGAUGCUUAUCCUGUUGCAUUAGCUAGUGCCACAAAUGAUCUCCAGAAGUUGGAUUUUGUAUCUUCUUCAACGUCAGUUUCUAAGAGCACUAUAGUGAGUUAUAAUGUUGGCCCUGAACAUGAAUAUUUGCGACCUAGAGGCAAGCAGAAAAAGAGUGGAAGGACACAGGAAACUUGUGUUACCCCAACAUCGACUUCCUCCCUAUCCAACAGAGUGAGGAGUUGUGAUGUGUACAUUGGUUUUCAUGGCCGCAAACCUUUACUGCUCAGAUUCAUGAAUUGGCUCCGUGCUGAGUUAGAAAUCCAAGGGCUAAGCUGCUUCGUUACUGACAGAGCAAGGUGCCGAAAUUCUAGAAAGCAUGGCAUGGUUGAGAGAGUAAUGGAUUCUUGUACAUUCGGAGUUGUGAUCUUAACCAAGAAAUCAUUCAGGAAUCCAUAUACCAUAGAGGAGCUGCGCUUCUUCUCUAGCAAAAAGAAUUUGGUUCCAGUGUACUUCGAUCUGCGUCCAGAAGAUUGCCAUGUUCGAGAUAUAAUUGAGAGAAGAGGAGAGCACUGGGAAAAACAUGGUGGUGAACUUUGGCUACUUUAUGGGGGAUUGGAGACGGAGUGGAGAGAUGCCGUCAAUGGUCUUUUGCGUGUCGAUGAGUGGAAGCUAGAGGCUCAUGAUGGCAAGUGGAGGGAAUGCAUAUUGAGGGCUGUAACUCUAUUGGCCUUAAGAUUAGGGAGGCGAAGUGUUGUAGACAGACUGUCCAAGUGGAGAGAGAAGGCAGAAAAGGAGGAGUUUCCUUUCCCUCGAAAUGAGAAUUUUGUCGGCAGAAAGAAGGAGCUAUCCGAACUUGAGUUUCGGCUUUUUGGUGAUGUUAGUGGGGAUGCAGAGAAAGACUAUAUUGAACUAAAGGCUAGACCUAAGCGAAGGAAUUUGACAAUUAGUUGGAGUCGGAGUAACUCAAUCAACGAAAGACGGUUUGAGCGGCCUAGUGACAACAAAAGGAAAGGGAAAGAGCCAGUCACAUGGAAGGAAUCUGAGAAGGAAAUUGAAAUGCUAAAUGCUGAUGUUUCUCAUACCCAACAGCAUGCACCGAAGACGAGGAACUCUAAGAAACAUGGAAAGCGAAGCAACUCCUUGAAAGUUGUCUAUGGAAAGGGCAUUGCUUGUGUGUCUGGGGAACCAGGAAUUGGCAAGACAGACCUACUGCUUGAGUAUGCUUAUCAAUUUCAUCAGCGCUACAAAAUGGUCCUUUGGAUUGGAGGUGAAAGCAGAUACGUUCGACAAAACUACAUGAACUUGUGGUCGUUUUUAGAAGUUGAUGUCGGGGUAGAAAACUCACCUGAUAAAAGCAGGAUAAAGAGCUUUGAGGAGCAAGAAGAGGCUGCUGUAGCUAGGGUUAGGAAAGAACUCAUGCGAGACAUUCCAUUCUUGCUGAUAAUUGAUAACUUGGAGAGUGAAAAGGACUGGUGGGACCAUAAACUUAUAAUGGAUUUGUUUCCCCGUUUUGGGGGUGAAACACAUGUUCUCAUAUCCACGCGCCUCUCUCGGGUUAUGAACAUGGAUCCUAUCAAACUCAAUUAUCUGUCAGAGAUUGAGGCAAUGUCUUUGAUGCAGGGCGCUGUGAAGGAUUGCCCGAUUGCUGAAAUUGAUGCCUUGCGAGUUAUUGAGGAAAAACUUAAAAGACUGACGCUUGGACUUGCCAUUGUUGGAGCAAUUCUUUCUGAACUUCCUAUAAAUCCUAGUAGACUUUUGGAUACCAUCAAUCGUAUGCCUUUGAAGGAAAUAAUCUAUAUUCGUCGGGAAAACCAUCCACUGAGGCGAAACAAUUUCCUUUUGCAACUUUUUGAAGUUUGUUUCUCGAUAUUUGACCAUGCUGAUGGACCAAGAAGUCUAGCAACAAGAAUGGCCCUCGCAAGCGGUUGGUUUGCUCCAUCACCUAUUCCAGUUUCUCUCUUAGCUCUGGCUGCUCACAAGAUACCAGAGAAAUACCCACGUCGACGGAUGUUGAAGAAAGUUUUAUGUUCUUUAACUUGUGGUUUCACAUCAUCAUAUGCUAGGAAAUCCGAGGCAGAAGCAUCUUCUCUUUUGUUGAGAUUCAACAUUGCAAGGACUUGUAGAAAGGAAGGCUACAUUCAGUUCCAUCAGCUUAUCAAAAUGUAUGCGCGAAAAAGAGGGGUCACUGGAGUUGCACAAGUCACAGUACAGGCUGUUAUUACUCGCGGUUUAAUAGCCCAGCACUCUGAGCACAUAUGGGCAGCAUGCUUUUUGCUCUUCGGAUUUGGGAGUGACCCCAUGAUAGUUGAGCUUAAAGUUUCCGAAUUGUUGUUUCUCGUGAAAGAAGUGAUUCUACCACUUGCCAUUCGAACAUUUAUUACAUUCUCACGCUGUGCUGCUGCUUUAGAACUUCUACGGCGUUGUACAGAUGCAUUAGAAGCAGCAGAUCAAGCAUUUGUCAUGCCUGUUGAUAAGUGGUUGGAUAAAUCACUUUGUUGGAGACCUAUCCAGACAAGUGCCCAAUUAAACCCUUGCCUUUGGCAAGAACUUGCUUUAUCAAGAGCUACGGUGCUCGAAAUCAGGGCAAAGCUAAUGUUGAGGGGUGGACAGUUUGAUAUUGGUGAUGAUUUAAUCCGAAAGGCUAUUUUCAUUAGAACUUCAAUCUGCGGCGAGGACCAUCCAGACACUGUAUCUGCUCAUGAAACGCUCAGUAAACUUACAAGACUCCUUGCUAGUGUUCAAAAUCAUACAUCAAAUAGAAGUUAAUUAUUGUAGUUAGCUAGAUUUAUAGAAAGUAAUUGGAAUAAGCUGGUUUAACAGUUCAAAUGAUAGCAUUUUUUAUAUUAAUGAGUAGCCAUACAUCUUUUUCAAAUUCUUUCCACGUCUUUUUGAUAUGCUAAUUUCAUUUCUAUUUUUGUUUAUGAUGUUGCUAGUCAUAUCCUGCUUCCUAUUUUUCGUUGAUGGUUCAUAUGAUGUCUUUUGCUUCCGCUUGCUGUUUGUUAGAUCUUUCUUCUAUGAACAAGGUAUGGAAAUAGUGUAAUCAGCCACUGGAUGUUCUUAAUGUUAAGUAUUCCAUGGGUAGAGGAUUUCAUAUCAUUAUCCUCUUCAAAAGGAAAAAACAAAAAGGAAGAUUGCCUUCUCAAAAGGACUUAAACAGCUUGCAUUUAGCUUAUCCAGCCAAUAUGGAGUUCUGGCAUGGUUGAUUGAUUAUAUCCUCUUCAAAAGGGAAGAAACAAAAAAUAUAAUUCAGUUGCUUCAAGAACCUCAUGCAGCUGAUGGCUUAGUGUGAGAACUUGGCUCGCUUAGAUAUAGGCAGAAGAUAUUCGGCACCUCGAGACAUUUCAAAAUGGCAAAAACUGUCAGAAGUUAGAGUCCAAUCACUUGAAAAUGAGCCAAGGUAAGACUUUUAACGCCAUAACAUUUGCUCCUAAUAUGUUUCUAUUUCAUUUCUUUUUCAGAAGAAGAAAAAUAUUUCUAUUCCUUAUAAUUGUAGCUGCUGGCUAUUAUCUAUGCAUCUGUGAUAUGUGCCAUCUCUGUUUCCAAAACUCACUAAAUGAUUUCAGCAAAAGCACACAAAUUGGAGAUGUCCUGAUGUUCUUUAGAUCAACCUUGGCACUAAAAAGAUUUUUGAAUCUGGGAGUGAAAAACAGUUAAUUAUCUUUGUGAAACAGUUAAUCUUUGUGCUACUCUUCAAAUGUCUCCAAGAGUUCCAGAAAAGAUAUUAGAUGCAGCAUCAGGAUUGUAUUUAUCAUUUGUUUGAUUUAUCUUGAAAAGCAGCUGGUCUUAGAUUAUGCGGGGACCGAGCUUUAAGCAAAAUUCUUUCCAAUGAGUAUUAUGAUCAAGACUGGAUUUCAGCAGUCAUAUUUUGAAGUUUUAGAGAAAUUCUGCAGUGCCAAUUGUAUUAUUCAUGCACAGAUUAGCUAAAAAAGAACUGACCAUUCAUUCUCUUUGAUCACGGAAGUCUAUACUCGUCCAACAACACCUGUGCAGUUCGUCCCUGCCCUUUAAUUUGAGUCUUCUUUGAUAAACUCUUGCUAUCUGGUCCUAGUAUCUCUCUUCUGAUUAGAUUUUCAAAGCUAGGGCGAGGAACUUUUUUGAUAAGACAGUUUGUCUAGUCAAGCCCGCUAGAUUGCUUCAACAUUUCAUGCUGUCUGAACCAGACAUCAGGAAGUCAAGGAAGCAGAAUUAGAAAAGAACUCUCAUAGUUGUUGCUAACGGGUCUUAUGACGGAUCCAGAGAAGGUUUUUGUGUGGAAUUGUUGUUUUGCCGUUUAUAACGUGUACAACAUUCUUGUUUGUGUUCAUUUAAUAUCUUCUAUAUCUGAACUAUUUCUUUUUGUUUGAAAUAAAACACUGCUUCUUCAUUCUUAUGUCAAGAUGAUUAACUUCUCCAAAGUUUCAGCGCAAAGUUUUUACUAGUUGAAAAGGUCAAGGAAAACAUGGCAUUAGUAUUCAAGAGACAUGGUAAGCUAAUGUAGCACGUGAACAUUUUUUGGCAGCAGUGCAUGGGUGCGAACAACAUGCAGAUUCAGUGUUAUGGUAUACAUCCAAGCUGUGAAUGCCUGGGAUGAUGGUUUAUGUCCAAAUAUAAUGUUGAAAUUCGAUACUUUAUUUCUCUCCAGUUUAGUAAAGAGGUACCUCCAGCAGGCAGCCUGCAGCAACUAGUGGCAGAUUCAAAAUUUAGACAUUGUGGGUUUUGAGUGAGGGAUUGGAGGUGAUAAAUGUAUAUUCAACUUGCCUAUCUGAUUGAGCAGUCGAACAAUGUUCAAAAGGUAUGCUCAACUAUUCGUCGAUUCUCAAAAGUCAGUAGAACACUUGAACUGGAGCUGCCAGUUCAUUUUGCUUCUUUUUAUCCCCGAGGAGGAGAAACCCCCUUGGGAUUACAUCACUAUGUGACGGAUUUCGUUGCCCACUUUGAGUUAGCUCAGGUGGAUGUUCCUGCUAAUCUUGACUUUACAAAUUGUCAGCUUUUGUCUUUCCAUACGAAGUCUGGGUACUUUUCUUGUCUGCUUCUUUGUUGACGCGUGCUAUCGCUAUAAAGGUUACAACCAUUAUGAGGCAUUCCAUUUGUCAAUCACAAAGUAAUAAGAGCAUGAGUUGGUGAA